AUGUCAUUGUCAGAAGAAACCCUGCAAUCGCUUACAUCAGUCUUCUCGGAAGCAAUCAAAAAAGCAGUUGUGGAUGCCACACAGGCGGCGAUAUCAACUGCCACAAGAAACGGCACAUCCUCACACCAACCUUCUCCAAAAUUACCAACAUUUUCUAUUGGUGAGUAUAAAUCAUCUGAAUCUGAAUCAGUCGGAGAUUAUUUUAGGCGAUUCGAAUGGGCACUCCAACUCAGCAAGAUCCCAGCAACCGAUUACCCGCAUUACGCACGUGUUCAUAUGGGAACAGAGCUGAACAAUGCCCUUAAAACGCUUUCAAGUCCACAGAAUCCAGAAGUCCUUUCAUACGAACAAAUAAAAACAACCCUUGUAAAUCAUUUUGACACGACAAAGAACAAAUAUGCUAAAAGCAUCAAAUUCAGACAUAUUGUUCAGCAAGCUGAUGAAUCAGUUGCCAACUUUACGCUUCGUCUGAGGCAAGGCGCUGUGAAUUGUGAUUAUGGUAAUUUUUUGGACAGGAUGUUCAUAGAACAAUUUCUGCAUGGACUUUCUUGUCGUGAGAUGUGCAAUGCUAUAAUAAUCAAACAGCCAGACACAUUUGCUAUUGCAUAUGAAGCCGCACAAUCAAUUGAAGCAAGUCGCAACACAGCAGUUGAGGUGAAAUCAGAAAUAACACCGGCAGGUGAAGCCACACACAAACUGGGAUAUGCCCCCCCACGGUUCAAGCGCGGCCAAAAAGAAGCAUUACAACCAUUUAAACAAGGACAAAUCCCAAAUCAAACUUGUAAUGGGUGUGGAGGUAGACAUUUUAGGAAUCAAUGCAAAUUUCGAGAAGCAGAGUGCCAUGCUUGUGGCAAAAAGGGUCAUAUUGCAAGAAGGUGCCGAUCGAAAACCGCACAAAUUGUCGAGGUCAACGAGGAACAGCCGAGUGAUUCAGAUGAAAUAGUACAAUGUCUCAAAAAUAUAAACCUGGUCAACUCCAUAAAGCCUACUUCCACAUCAGACACCCUAAAAAUCGAAGUGAAAAUUGAUGGCUGUGACCUCGUGAUGGAGCUAGAUACUGGUUCACCAUGUGCCAUCAUUAGUGCACAGAUUCUUCGCACUAUUAAACCCCAGUUUUCGUUAAUAAAGUCAGACAGACAGUUCGCAAGUUACACCCGCCACCGACUUAAUUGCAUCGGACGUAUUCCAGUUACUGUAACUGUUGGCAGAAAAGUUCGUAGGUUAAAUCUCUAUGUGGUAGAAGGCCACUUUGACACUCUCUUUGGAAGGGAAUGGAUCGCUCAAUUCGCCAGUGAAAUAAAUUUUUCUAAGUUCUUUGAAACUUCAGGUCACGUCAACUCUCUCACAUCAACAACUCCUAAUCUGUCAGAGGAACAACGAAAUCAAAUGAACUCCCUUCUCAACCAAUACGAAGAGGUGUUCAGUAACAUAGCUGGCAAACUAAAGGGACCUCCUGCUUCACUUCAUUUUAAGCCUGACGUGUCACCAGUUUUUAUGAGAGCAAGGGAAAUUCCUUUGGCAUUGCGGGAUGCUUAUGCCAAAGAGAUCGACUCGAAAAUUUCCUCAGGAUUCUAUAAAAAAGUGGAAUACUCGGAGUGGGCAUCAACAACACAUAUAGUAUCCAAGAAAAAUGGACGUAUUCGUAUUACUGGGAAUUACAAGCCAACACUUAAUCCACGAAUAAUCAUUGAUGAACAUCCAAUUCCAAAAGUUGAGGAUAUAUUUAAUCAAAUGAAAGAUGCAAGAGUAUUCUGCCACUUGGACGUCACAGAUGCCUAUUCACACUUACCCAUUGACGAGGAGUUCAGCCAUGCCAUGACAUUGAACACCACUACCCAUGGAUUAAUUCGGCCAACUCGUGCUGUAUACGGAGCUGCAAACAUUCCGGCAAUUUGGCAGCGGCGAAUCGAAAUGUAA